AUGGCGGGUCCGGGGCUGAGCGAGCGGGAGCGGGCGGGGUGCCGGGACCUGCUGGAGCUCCUGCACACCGAGGAGCUGCUGGCGCUCACCGACACCGUCACCAACCGCCUGGUGCACCCGGAGAGCCGCCAAGAGGCUAUUCAUGCUAUUCUGGUGUACAGCCAAAACGUGGAGGAACUUCUGAGGCGCCGGAAAGUCUACAGAGAAAUCAUCUUCAAGUAUUUGGCGGCGCAGGGAAUCUCGGUGCCUCCCUCCUCGGAGAAACAUGUCCUGAUCGAGCGUGUGAGGCAGCUCUGGAGCGGGCAGCUCACGGCUCGAGCCCCGGAGCCAGGGCACAGAAAACCUCCUGCGCAGAGUUAUGGAAAUGGACAGAAGUCACCACAAGAUGACAUUGUUGGCCUAGGAGGAGAAUUCUGCCAGUGGUACUUUGAACUCCUGAACUCUCAGCACCCUUUGGGAGUAAAAUCUGAAGCAACAUGGGGACCACAGCAUUUCUGGGAGGAUGCCAAACUGAAGUUCUGUUACAACACUUUGGAAAAAAACGUGGAACAGUAUGUGGGUGCAGACAUGGUGAGCCUGCGCCUGCUGUCCUUGGUUAAAGAAGAAUGUCUCCUCUUCAACCCAAAUUUGCAUUCCAGUGGCCUGAAAUGUGCCAUGUCCCCUCAUGGAUUGGUGCUGGUGGCAGUGGCUGGCACAGUUCACAGAGACAACACUUGUUUGGGUGUCUUUGAGCAGAUCUUUGGGCUCAUCAGCUGCCCCAUGAGGAAUAACACCUGGAAAAUAAAAGUGGUGAACCUUAAAAUAGUAGGGCAGAACGCUCUGGAGCCUGGGAUGCAAAUGGAACAACCUUCCAUAAAAUAUGAGUCAAACCAACUGAGAGAGUUCUAUGAUGGGCAUGAACUGACUGUGUUUGAACCUCAGAAAUUCUGAGCAUUUUGUCACAGCUGAGAGAGGGGCUGGGUUGUUGCUGCCAUGCAGUUUCUCUUCUCUGAGUAAGAUUUGCUGAGUGGCAGGCUGAGAUACAGGGUAUUAACACAAGUGAUGCUUGUGGGCACUUUCCAAGAGCUAACAAAUAUUUUUAUGGGUAUUCCUUCAGGUUUUUCACUGUCAUUAGAGUGGAGUUUGGUUAUUCAUGGUUGCAUUUAAAUAUGGAUUGGCAGCCAUGUGUAAUGAGGGGUUCACAAAUUGUACAUUCUCUUCAGGACACCAUUUGAAACUCUCACCUGAGCUGUAGCAGGAAGUCAUUGCAUCUGGUUUUGGAAAUUUGGGAGGGCUAAGUGUUUAAAUGGACAUCUGAGUCCCAGGAAAACCAAUAGAAAACUCAAAACAAAACACUGUGAAUGGAGGCAGCUGCUGUGGAUGUUCUAAAUGUGUUUUAAUGGGACAGUGCAGGGAACUUGGCAUUGUUGAAAUCUUUUUUUUUUUUUAGCUUCUUUGCAUUGAUUGCUUCCUGUCCUUUUACCUUAUGGUUCCAGUUUUGUCUUGAACACACACAAGUUUUUCUGUCCAUGUCCCCAAGCAGGCAGACUUGAGAUGGGUGCCCAUUUCUAGCACUGACUGUCCUGGAUCAAGAACUUGAUUUCAAAACUUGCAGCAACACUGUAUGAACCAAAUGCUCUGAUAGUUUUUUUGUAUGUAAUUACAACAGAGUUUUUAAUAUAAUAGUUGUGAUUUUUGUAUGUUUUCUCAAGAUCAGUAUUUUGUUUACUCUGAGCUGUUUUAUUACAGGUACUGAAAGUCCAUUUGUUACCACUGGGUGGUUACAGUGAUAGGUCACACUAAGAAAAGUACCCAAUUACUACUUAAUAAUAGGAAAUUAUUGAAAUUAUUGCCACUGUAAAACUUGAUUUUUUUUUUUUUACUGCAUUUAUUUAUAGGGGAUUAGAGGUGAAGUGAGGUGAAAACUUGUUUUUCUGCAUCCUGUUUGAUUGUUUGGGAGUUUUGUUUUCAUUUUCUGGCUUCACUGUUUAAAGUUCUGAAAGCGUAAACAUUCCCCAUAACUUAGCAGAACCAGAAGAACUGUUCCCAGGUGUGUGGUGGUGAAGUAUGGCUGGGUGAGAGGAAACAAGGAGGUUCAGGUAUGCACAGAACUGAUCUUUGUGAACAGUCUGAAUCUUGCUUUCUCCUUAAAGUAAUUUCUUUUCUAAGCAAAAGUUCAAAUACUGUGUUGGGAUGUUCUUAAUAAACAACUGAGUUGUGGCUUCUAAUUUGUCUAUUGUUUAGAAUAAAUAUCCUUACUUAGAGUUCCAAAUUCAAUUUUCAAAUCAUCAACACAGACAGAAUGUUUUAAGAGUAGAAGAAUAUUUGUGGCAAAGGUUUUAGCUUAACCUUGACUUUAAGGGAAAAGUUAGGACUUGUUUAAAUGGAGAUGGACAAGUUUCAAAAAGCUGAAAUUUUUACUGGAGUGAUUUCAUCCCUCUUUUUAGAUGCUGCUGUUCAGAGCUGAAGGAAUUGUUGAUUUACCAUUGGAAGCACUGGAUAUUUAGUUGUAUUUAGGAGAUUGAAAACAUGAAGUAAAAUUUCUUCAAAACUGUUGUCAUCCAUUUUUCCUCUGUUUCUUACCACAACAAAUAUUUUCAAUAACAGUUUCUUAUGUCUAUCACUACCA